AUGGCAAACGAAACGAAACCAAAGCCUACUACUCUAUUACUCGAAAAGAAACCAACUGAGUUUGUUAAACCCUCGAAAAAAACUCCUUGGGAAACUCUCUUCCUUUCUACUCUGGAUAAUGAUCCUCUCAACGAAGUUAUGUACGGAGCCCUUUACGUUUUCAAAGCAAAUGAAAAGAACCACAAUGAUCCUGUCUCUUUGCUUAGGAAGGCAUUGUCUGAACUUCUCGUCUACUACUAUCCACUUUCAAGUAAAAUGAGUAGACGAAGAAGUGAUAGAAAGCUUCAGCUAACUUACUAUAGCGAAGGAGUCCCGUUUGUAAUCGCGACGGCCACUUGCAACCUUGCCACUUUAAACUAUAUAGAAAACAUUGAUGAAGAAAUUGCAUUGCGUCUUGUGCCGGAGGUCGAACUUAAUUAUCAAUAUGAGAUCAGCUAUCAUCCUCUCACAUUGCAGGUGACCAAAUUUCCUUGCGGUGGGUUCACUAUAGGCGUGGCACUGUCACACGCUGUGUCUGAUGGGUUUAGUUUCGCUAUGAUAAUGCAUGCCCUUACUGAGUUAGCCGGAGGAAAGAGCAAGCCAUCGGUAAUGCCGGUAUGGGAGAGAGAGCGGCUAGUUAGAGGAAUAGACAAUAAACCGGCUAGAGUGCCUGGCAGUAACAGUGAUGGUCUUCUGGCGACAUCACCGUAUAUGCCAACUGAUUUUAUGGUUACAGAGACGAUAAACAUUAGGCCUGAAAAUAUUAAAAAACUUAGAGACACUUUGGUAAGGGAAGAUGAGUUUCUUAAUAAAGAGGGUGUCACUACUUUUGAAGUUCUUAGUGCGUACAUAUGGAAAUCGAGAUGUCGAGCCUUAAACCUAAACCUUGACGGGAUCACUGUCCUUGGCUUCGCUGUUGGAAUCCGGCAUGUCUUAGAUCCACCAGUGCCUAGAGGAUAUUACGGUAAUUCUUACAUGGACGUCUACAUCGAGUUAACCGUGAGAGAGCUCGAUGAAUCAUCAAUCUCUGAUAUUGUAAAGCUUGUGAAGAGAACCAAGAAAUCAGCUUAUGAUAAGAAGAAUAUCGAGGAAGAGCUAAGGAACAUAGAGAGAUUGAUAAAGGAAGAUGCAAAAUUUGAAGGGUUAAGUGAUAGUUUAUUGUUCUUGACUGAUAUGAGGAAUAUUGGGUACUUUGAAUCGGUAGAUUUUGGUUGGAAAGAGCCUGUGCAUGUGCGGCCAUUGACGCCUGAGAGCGCAAAGAACUUGGGGAUGAUCUUGAGACCUUCAAAGGUGGAUCCAUCAAUGGAAGGUGGAGUUAAAGUAAUGAUGACAUUGCCUAGAGAUGCAAUGGUCAACUUCAAGCAAGAGAUGCAUAUAUGCGUAAGUGAUAUAUAA